GGGGAAAUUUGACAGUCUCAACACAGCGGGACGGUAACACUAGUUUAGACUUGUUUUAGACAUUAGAAAGCGGUCGUUUUCGUCUAAAAAGGUUUAUUGAUCAAACCAUUACCGACUAUGAGAACUUUAGAGGAGGUGCAGGCCACCCUGCAGAUCGCCAAACUGAAGGAGGAGGAUCUACAGAACACCGUCCACUGUCUGUCCUUUGGGGAAAACGUUUCGUCUGCAGACUACUGCCUGAUGGAGCUGGACGACACACUGUGCAAACACAUCGAAGCUGGUCAGAGUCUAGUCAUUCGGGGGGAUAAGGAUGAGCGUGCAGUGCUUUGUACCGGCGACAAGACGUAUGAUCUGAAAAUAGCCGACACAUCCAACCUGCUGCUGUUUGUGCCUGGAUGCAGAACACCGGACCAACUGACCAACAGCCAGGACAGCUCUCAUGUGGUGCACACUCAGAUUUGGGGAUUUUGUAACAGCUACUGGGAGCUGAGGAAACAGAGGCCUAAACUGAAGAAGCUGAAGAAGCUUUUAAUGGAGAAUCCUUAUGAAGGGCCUGCAUUAGGAGGGCAGGAGGAGAACACAGAGAACAGGUACACAAUGCAGGACCUGCUGGAGAGGAUUCAGGCCAGUGAAGAGGAGAUAAAGACCCACUUAGAAACCAUCCACGCCUGUCAGAUAGACGGCUACUGGCGAGUCCUGGAUUUUGACUAUGAGAUGAAGCUGCUCGGUCACGUCACUCAGCUGGUAGAUUCUGAGUCUUGGUCUUUCCACAAGGUUCCCCUUAAAACCAGUCUGGAAGAGUUGGCCCCACUGGAGCCCAGAGACAUGAUCGAGCACUGUCUGAACUGCUACGGGAGACGCUUCACCGAAAACGAUGAGGUGUUUUAUGCGCUGCAUGCGGAUAAAGUGUGUCGGGGUUUGGCACUGAUGCUGCUGCAGAACGCCGUCAAGUUCAACCUGUGGGAGUUUCAGGAGGUCUGGCAGCAGAGCGUCCCAGAGGGAAUGAGCACGAGACUGGACCAGCUGAAGAGUGUCGCCCUGGUGGAUCGCACCUCCAACCCAGAGACCAUCUGCCUGCUGCGGGUGGAGGAUCUUCCAGAGGACACGGUGGAGCGCUUCAACCACCUCUUCACACUCCGAGAGAAAUGGACAGAGGAGGACAUCACACCCUACAUACAAGACUUGUGUGGAGAGAAACAGACAACCGGAGCACUUCUGACCAAAUACGCUCGAUCUUCGAUGCAAAACGGGAUUAAAGUCUUCAACUCCAGAAGGCCUGUGGUCACAUGAACACGUCUGCUGUCAUCUGGAGAUGUAUGUGGUUGUGCUUAUUUCCACAGACACUUUUUCAACACUCUGUCAAAACCAGCUAACUAGUGAAGAUGUAAGUUUAACUAGUCAGCUUGUGGAUGAGCAAAUUAAAAAGGUUUUUGUCACCAAAGUUAAACUGGAGCUUUGUUUCAGUUUUUAUUUUGUCUGUAAAGAAAUAAAUGUAAUAAAAAAUUGUUUGUCAUAAUGUUACCGAUAUCAGUGGUUUUCUCUGUUUUCUAUCAACCGCAAUUUAUGUCCAGCAAGAAAAUGUAUUACAGGAAUUUACCGAGUGCUGUGCUGGAGAUUGUCCACAAGGUGGUGCUCUCUGCUGAUAAAACUACAUGAGCUCCACAUGCUAAAGAAUAAUUCAGCUGUUGUCUUGUGCAUUAAAAUUACAUCUAAAAGUGA